AUGGUGAUGGCGGUGUUGAAGGUAGCAACGAUGAUGGGUAGUGGUGGUGGAUGGGCUGGUGAUGAUCGUGGUGGUGCUGGAGGGGUGAAGGCGACAGUGGUAAGAUACAUUCCCAUUUAUCAUCUCCAACAGCAGCGUUUGAUUUCACAUGAUUUCUUAGUUCACAAUCAAACCAUUUUCUGUGCCAUGAAAACUAGUCUUGGGAGUUUACUGAAAAUUCUACCUCCAGUAGACUUUUGCUGUGUAUAUGGUUCAAGUCUCCAUCCUAAUAAUAAUGACAAGUCAUCCAUGGAAGAUUAUAUUCUUGGUGUAUCAAAUCCUCAGCAAUGGCAUUCCGAGAAUCUGAAAAUGAACCGGGAUCACUACUCUUCAUGGAUGGUGCCUUUUGGUGGAGCAAAACUGAUCACUAAAGUAGCAGAUCAAAUUGGUGUUGGUGUACACUUUAACCCUUUUGUUUCGUGGAACAAUAAGAUGUACAAAUAUGGGGUUGUUCAUAUGGAUGACUUAGUUCACGACAUGCUGAGCUGGGAGAGGUUUUACCUUAGUGGUCGCUUGCAAAAACCUGUGCGUAUAAUUGUGGACAAUAUGGAAAUAGAAAAUGUCAACUUAGUUAACUUGAGGGCUGCCUCCUCUGCCGCCCUUCUGCUUUUGCCAUCAACUUUUACAGAGAGGGAACUUUAUGCAAAAAUAUGCAGCCUCUCAUAUAUGGGUGAUUUGCGCAUGCUUUUUGCAGAGGAUAAAAAUAAGGUGAAAAAGAUAGUAGAGGGCCAAUUUGAAUUAUUCAGAAAUAUGUAUAAACCGUUGGUGGAAGAGUAUGCAACUAAGCAACUCUUGAGACUCUCCUCAUCUGGUGACAAUCAAAUGAACAUAUCCCAGGAUUGUAGCUUAUCUGCAACAUCAUCUAUUGUUUCUUCCCUUCCCGAGUCUGUCAGAAGCCAAAUGGGAAUGGGGCUAGCUGAGACGGAAGCAGGUCAAACUAGAAAUAAGAUCACUAUCGGCUCACGAGAGCAGGCUGCAACGUGCAUGCAAAAGGUUUUGAGGCGUAGAGUUAUGAUUUCAAGUGCAAGACAAGCAGUGGCUGGUUUCAUAACUGUUGGAGCUGUUCAUGGAUUUAGAUAUCUUGGUAAAAAGAUGACAAAGGCUUGGAAAUCUUCGGCAUAGUAAGUUACUUCUUCACUAGUGAUAUGAAGUUUUUGAACUGCUGAUAGCAAAUUAGCCCCUAUUUCUUAAUUAGAAAAAUUAAGCUAGGAGAGCUGAUUACAUAGAUGAUUGAUCACGUUUUUGAAGUUGGAGUGAACUUGGAGAACUGGGUAUGCAGAUAGGAAUGGAUAGGACUGAUUGGCGAGAGUGAGGUAGGUGGGUGAAAAAAUGAUUUUAGUUUGAGAUGGGUAGUUUGGUAAUUUACCAAUCUUUCCUCAUCUCGGUUCUUUAACCACCUAU